UUAUUUAGCAGAUUUCAUUCUUCGUGAUAGUGAUAUUUCAAAAAAUAUUAUUUACAUCAUAAAAAUAAUAUCAAAAUGGUAUUGGAAAGUACUAUGAUUUGUGUGGACAACAGUGAUUAUAUGAGAAAUGGCGAUUUUCUUCCUACAAGAUUACAAGCUCAACAAGAUGCUGUUAAUUUGGUAUGUCACUCCAAAACAAGAUCAAAUCCAGAAAAUAAUGUUGGAUUACUGACUUUAGCAAAUGUGGAAGUUCUAGCCACAUUAACAAGCGAUGUUGGUCGAAUAUUAUCAAAGCUUCACCGUGUUCAGCCUAACGGUGAUAUAAAUAUUUUGACGGGCAUAAGGAUUGCCCAUUUAGCACUUAAACACCGUCAAGGAAAAAAUCAUAAAAUGCGUAUUGUAGUUUUCGUUGGAUCACCAAUAAACACUGAUGAGAAGGAACUCGUCAAGUUAGCUAAACGCCUAAAGAAAGAAAAAGUCAACUGUGACGUCAUCUCUUUUGGUGAGGAUUCUGAUAAUAAUCCUCUGUUGACUUCCUUUGUAAAUACUCUGAAUGGCAAAGAUAAUACAUCCGGUGGAAGUCAUUUAGUUUCUGUACCUGCUGGUGGCUGUGUUGUUCUCUCAGAGGCUUUGAUCUCUAGUGCUGUUAUUGGUGGGGAUGGUGCAGGACCAUCAGGUUCUGGUUUGUCACCCUUCGAAUUUGGCGUUGAUCCCAACGAAGACCCAGAACUUGCUCUUGCUCUAAGAGUGUCCAUGGAAGAGCAAAGGCAACGCCAAGAAGAAGAGUCUCGACGUCAACAGGCGAAUGUAGAGGGUGAAGAGGGCAAAACUGCUGAAGCUCCAAAUCCCGGAGUAGAAAGAGCUAUGGCUAUGCCUCUCGGACGAGAAGCUAUGGAAUUGUCUGAAGAAGAACAGAUUGCUCUUGCUAUGCAAAUGAGCAUGCAACAAGAAGCACCUCAGACUGAAGAGAGCAUGGAUGUGUCUGAAGAAUAUGCAGAAGUAAUGAAUGAUCCAGCAUUUCUGCAAAGUGUAUUAGAGAACCUUCCUGGAGUUGACCCACAGAGUGAAGCCAUACGAAAUGCUAUGUCCACCAUCAAAAAGGACAAAGAUGAAAAAGAUGACAAAGAUCAAAAAGAAAAAGAUGGAAAAGGCUCAGGUUCAAAAGAAAACUAAACAUGCUUUUCAAUUUUUUUAUUUAUACAAAGUGUGAUUGGUAAUUUCCAGAGUCCGCAGUAAUAUCAUUGUCACUUUUUAAGUUUAGAACAUAAAUAUAUUGAUUUACAAUAGA